UUGCAUAGUUUUGUCUCUAUGGUGACAAACAAUUACAAAACCAAGUGAUGCUUAACGUUAUUUUUUUUAGCAGGCCAUCGAUUCUCUAUAAGCGACCGCAGAUAUUAAUGGUGAAGACAUACGUAAACACUUGCUGUUAUUUUCAACAGGUCGCGUUUAGAGUUUAUGUAACUCCGUUUAAAUGUUUGUAUUGUCAAUAGUGAUUACGAUUAGCAGGCGUAUUUAGAUGUUUUGUAGUAUUCGGCACAUCACCAAGGAAAAGUUUUCAUUUAUUAAAUAUAUUCGGGCAAUCCUGCAUUACUGACAGGAUUUUAUUCCUGCCAUGAUCAAGACAUCGUAAAUGGUAAAACAGGUAACGUUAAAAGUCGGGAUGAACAUCACUGAGGUGGAACAACACAUUAGCUUGAAGUAUGACAUCAAGAGAAGACUUGGAAAAGGGGCAUAUGGAAUAGUUUGGAAGGCGGUGGACAGGAAAACAGGAGAGAUUGUCGCUGUGAAGAAAAUCUUUGAUGCCUUCAGGAAUCGAACAGAUGCUCAGAGAACAUUCAGAGAAAUUAUGCUCCUUCAGGAGUUUGGGGAUCAUCCUAACAUAAUUAAAUUACUAAAUGUCAUCAGAGCCCAAAACGACAAAGACAUUUACCUCGUGUUUGAAUUCAUGGACACAGACCUACAUGCAGUAAUAAAGAAAGGAAGUCUAUUAAAAGACAUUCAUAAGCGUUAUGUAAUGUACCAGCUUCUUAAAGCAACAAAAUAUCUUCAUUCAGGCAACGUCAUUCACAGGGACCAAAAGCCAUCCAACAUCUUACUAGACUCAGAUUGCUUUGUGAAGCUGUGCGACUUUGGCUUGGCAAGAUCCCUGUACCAGAUCCAAGAGGAUGCGGUGAAUCCUGCCUUGACAGAGUAUGUGGCGACACGAUGGUACAGAGCUCCCGAAAUUCUCCUGGGAUCUAAUAGGUACACAAAAGGUGUGGACAUGUGGAGUAUAGGUUGCAUUCUGGGAGAGAUGCUCCUGGGCAAGCCGCUCUUCCCUGGGACGUCUACCAUUAAUCAAAUCGAAAAAAUCCUGAGCGUGAUUCCACAUCCUUCAACAGAGGAUGUGUUGGCCAUCAGAUCAGAGUAUGGGCCUUCUGUUAUUCAGAGAAUGCUGCUUAGACCACAGGUGCCAUUAGUCGAGGUUCUGCCAGCUUCAGUUCCACCUGACGCCCUUGAUUUAGUGCAGCGUCUGCUGGUGUUCAAUCCAGACAAGAGACUCAGUGCAGAGGAAGCCCUUCAGCACCCUUAUGUGUCCAAAUUUCACAACCCAGCCAGAGAGCCUCGUUUGGUCUGUGAUGUCAUUCUGCCGGUGGACGAUGACAUCCAACUCUCUGUUACUCAGUACAGAAACAAACUCUAUGAGAUGAUCCUGGAGAAAAGAGCCAGUCGGCAUAUGCAAAAACAACCUCAUUUCAGGCAGAAAUUAGAGGAGAAGACUGCAGAAGUGGAUGAGGACAGUGGAGUGGACAGAAGAGAUGGAGAUGGCAAGGGUUGUGUAGAUAGAGAUCCUGAAAGGAAAUCUCCCAGUGAUAAGAAGAGCCGUAAUGGACCUGGAGCAGCCGUUGCCAAACCUGUCAGACGGCCUGAGCGAAUACACGACGGCACCAGCCCGACACUAAGCCCCAGUGCAGGAAAACCCUGCUAUAACCCUAUCACACACAUGCCUAAUGGUUCGGUGAAGCCACCCCAGUACCCGUCUCCUCCUCAUCGGUUCGGCAGGAGGAGUCAGGAGACCGGUGUUGUCCCGCACACAGAUGGAACGGACGGGUCUGUGGAUGUGGAGCAACGAGGUCGUUCGGCCCCUGUGGGACGCACACACUCUUUCUCUCUCACUCUCGCACAGCCUCAAAAUAAUCCCCUGCUUCGCAAGGAUGAACCGUCUGUGUCCCCCGGGUUAUGCGUCACCUCUGCUCGCUUGAACCAGCGGUCUAAUUCGCAUUCACGUGAAGCCAGGCUUCCUCCGAGGUUCAGCAAGAAGGUUUUCCAGAGUAAUGCCAACGUUUCCGCAGCCGGGGAUCCUCGUGCAAAACUAGGCAGUUACUCUCAGGCGUACGGGACUAUCAGCAAGACCGGACUGGACAAUCUACUGAAGAACUGCCACUAGGUGUAAAGAUCAGAGAUCAUGAGAUGUCAUUGGAAUCUCCCACAGCAAAUAAAUAAAGUGGAUUUCACAUGAAAAGUAUACAAACUAUACAGUAUAGUCAUCACAUGCGGUGAGGAUUAUGGCCAUUGUGGAAGAUUCACAGAUUUGUGCUGCCAAUGACUUUAUUCCGAUGACUUUCAAUUCAGGUGUCAACGACUUGUUUGUAAAUAUGUGGUGAAAACAUUUAAUAAACUUGUUUAGAGAACCUCUAUGCAA